UGUCCGCCCCUGUCCGCGCAGGCUCCUGUCCGCAUGGCGGUGGCUGCCUCCGAGGCGCAGGAUCGCUCCCUCCUGCUCACCCGGGAGAGGGAUCCUCCAAAGAGCUGAAGGGGAGCGGUGCGGGAAUUUUAACCCUCGCACUUCGCCGGCGGACAGUGCUGCCUUCCUAUGUAUUUGUGAGGGGAGAAAACUCGGCAGAGGAAGAGGGGGAGGAAGAAAGGCAGGAGGGAAGGGGGAGAAAGUUGACUGACUUGCAGAGAGGUGAAGGUUUCCCGUGGCUCCCACAGCACUUUGCACUGGAGACCUCUCAGUCUGCCUGAAGCUUGGAGAAUGGAGACAGAGCUGCUGCCUGAGCUCCCAGCGAUGCCCCUCGGGGGCAAUGGGAGCACGCAGAUGGUGCCAGACACAGCCCUGCAGUCCCAAGGCAGGGGCACAGCCAUGUUUAUUGUCCGCUGUGUGAUCCCUUCACUUUACCUGCUCAUCAUCACCAUGGGCUUGCUGGGCAACAUCACCCUCAUGAAGAUCUUCAUCUCCAACAGCGCCAUGAGGAGUGUGCCCAACAUUUUUAUCUCCAGCCUUGCUGCUGGUGAUCUGCUGCUGCUAGUGACCUGUGUGCCUGUGGAUGCCUCUCGGUAUUUUUCCGAGGAGUGGCUCUUUGGGGAGGUGGGCUGCAAGCUCAUCCCUGCCAUCCAGCUCACCUCUGUUGGUGUCUCUGUCUUCACCCUCACCGCGCUCAGUGCUGACAGGUACAAAGCAAUUGUAAAUCCCAUGGACAUCCAGACCUCCAGUGCAGUGCUAUGGACCUGUCUUAAAGCCAUUGCCAUCUGGGUAAUUUCCAUGCUUCUAGCAGUUCCUGAAGCAGUGUUCUCUGAACUGGCCCACAUCAAUGACACGGAUAAUGUCACUUUCACAGCAUGCAUACCAUACCCCAUGACGAACGACGUGCACCCGAAGAUCCAUUCUGUGCUGAUUUUCCUUGUGUAUUUCCUUAUCCCUCUUGCUGUUAUUAGUAUCUACUACUGUCAUAUUGCAAAGAGUUUAAUAAAAAGUGCUCACAACAUCCCUGGAGAAUACAGUGAGCAUUGCAAAAGGCAGAUGGAAACUCGGAAACGUCUGGCAAAAAUUGUUCUAGUUUUUGUUGGCUUCUUUGCUCUCUGCUGGUUUCCUAACCAUGUUCUAUACAUGUACCGAUCUUUUAAUUACAAUGAAAUUGAUCCAUCGACAGGACAUAUGGUUGUUACCUUAGUGGCCCGAGUACUAAGCUUCUGCAACUCUUGUGUCAACCCAUUUGCACUGUAUUUUCUCAGUGAGAGUUUUAGAAGACAUUUCAACAACCAGCUUUGCUGCAGGAGGAAAGCUCAGCAAGAGAGAUCCGCCAGCUACUUGCACAACUCUUCUGCUAUUCAAAUGACUUCCCUGAAAAGCAAUAUCAGGAACACAGUGACUAGCAUGACACAACUGAAUGGGCACAACUUGAAACAAGAAAUGGCAUUAUGAUUUAAUAGGUGUGAUUUUUGGCUGUGGAAGAUUUGCACUUUUUCUUUGCAGUUUGCAUCUCAUUUUUGGCUCUUAUGCUUAGACUGAGAUGUCACAACAAAGGAUCUGCUAAAUCUGGUGAAUUGGAGGUUAUUCACUUCUAGUGUUACUUUUAGAUAGAAGUGAAGAGUUUGUUUUAUUGAGAAAACAAAACUGACUGGCUGCAUAUUGUACUUUAAAGGAGAUGCUGAUGUAUAUUUAACAUAUAAAAAAUACAUCGAUGGUGUGAGUAUUAGUGUAGCUGAUCUAACAUUACUUUAAAAAGUGUAGAUUUUUUUGAUCUAAAAAAUAUGUAUUUUUAACUGAAUAUUGAUCCAGACUUAUGUGUUACUUAGGUUUUGCAUGAUUCUAGCUGUGUGGUGUGUACAAGCAUUGUUCAUUAAGACUGGUAGGCAUUUUGGACCCAAUUAAAGAGCCAUUGCAAUGCAUAGAUUCUAGUUUCAGGAAAAAAAAAAAAAAGUCAAGUAUCAUGUUCCACAUUUUUACCUUAUCUGAAUCUCCCUGUUUUUUUUCACUUUGGCAGACAUACAUGAUGAGAAUUUACGUUUAAGGGGUUCUGUUUGCUGUUGAGGUCAGAAGUUUAUCUACUAAAAUUAACUGCUUUUCAUAAUUAACGUCUCAAAAUAAAAAUGUUGUGUUCAAUAUGCAGGUUUUCUAGAACUCAGUGUCUGAAAAUUCAUUUCUCUGAUGCGUAACUCUGUGACAUAAUUGGUUCAGAGUGUCUACAUGCUUUAUAUUUGCUACUACUAACUGAUCUUGCUGAUAUCAUUACACAGCUAAGAAGGAGUAAGCGUAAAGGGAUGGCUGAACAUUUAAAGAGGUAAGAUUCAGAGUGGCUUUUUCAGAGAGGGUCUGUGGCAAGGCUUGCUGCAGCUCAGAGCAGUCUUAGAGCACAGAAUGCAGAUUAUGUGCCAGACAAAACCAAACUGAAGGAUGUCCUGCAGGAACAAACCUAACAUGCUCUGAUUAUUAACGAUCAUCCAGCCCAUGCGAUCAGACAAAUUCUAGUCUGAAAUAACUCCCAAGCGAUGAAACAUGGGGAGCUAGCAUUGUUUGCUAAGUACCAGCUGUUUGCUGUCUAGGUCUAUUCUUCUUGCACACAGUUUACGAGCCUAAACAAAGCGUAAGUACUGUUGAAAAUCUCAGUUUUAAAAGACACUUUUUCUUUUCCUUGAAGGUCUUUGUGCAUAAAUACUCAAUGCACUUCUGAAAAUCCUAGUUAGGUUGCCUAAACAGAUUUUCAAAUGUUUUUUGUGGGUCAUCCCAGUGGCAUGGCCCAUGCAUAGGUCUUUGUCAGUAUUCCCAGGAAGUCAUUUCUAGGGUACAUGGUCAGUGCAGAGCUGGGAUUAAAACAUCAGGGAAUGGUGGGUGAGGCUGUAGUUGCCAAUGACUAUCCUGUCCAGAAUUAAUUUACUGUGAGGGAUUAUGGUUCUGUCUUUUCAUUCACACUCCUCUGCUGGAGGUACCCUAUGCAAGGCUUCCAGAGCUGCCCUUCAGACCACAAGAAAGCAAGCAGUUCAAAUGUAAAACAUCUCAUCUUUUCUUUUUUUUUUUUUAAUCAGUUUUUGUGUCCACACAGAGAGUUAAAUAGACAAAAUGACUGAAGCUUGUUGCUGCAAAAACUCAUGUAAGGCUACCCGUAUUAAAGUUUCUAAUCUGUCUCAGGGCUGCACCAGUUUUUGCUGAAAUUAAUGGGGACAGAGCAAAUCCCCCCAUAUGCAGCUGCAUGCUGUCAGACUAAUAUCUAUUCCCCAAGCCAGGUGAGGAGUUAGGUGGGGCAAGGAUCUGUUUUGGGUGUGAGCUCCAGAGAGGAGAAGCUCACAAUAUCUUUCUUAGAAGAAGGGGAAGUAAUGGCAGACAAUGACACCUUGUAGAAGCAGGGUUCUUUUAUGGCCAGUUCAUGAGCCAAAUGUCAUUUUAAAUAGCUUUUUCUUUCAAAUUGGGUGGAAGAGCUUCAGCACAGAUCUGUCUCUGUCACAACACUGUAGCCUGUACUUCUGCAGUGACUUCUCCAAGGUGAAUAGUAGAAAGUACAAUAGAAAUAUAGAU